AUGUCUUCAUCCCAGUGGACAUCUGAACCAAGGGUAUUUCCGCUUGCUGGCUUCAGUUUGCUUGAUACAUCCCUGAAGAUUGAGGAGGAGACGUCACCAACAUAUCAUCCCGAGAAGUACUAUCCGACCCAAAUAGGAGAAGUGCUCGAUAAUAGGUAUCAAGUACUUGCCAAGCUCGGGUAUGGUGUUACGUCAACGGUUUGGUUUGGUCGUGACUUGGUUGAGUCCAAAUACAUUGCUCUAAAGAUCUUCGUGAAGGACAGGGAAAGAAACCAUGAACUGGACAUCUACCAUCGUAUCAACUCAGUGGAGUCUGAUCACCCAGGAAAGAGAUUCAUCCGCAAACUGCUCAAUCAUUUUACUAUCGCAGGCCCUCAUGGCCAGCAUAUCUGCCUUGUUCAUGAGCCCCUAGGAAUCAGUGCAAGCGAGCUGAUAAGAUGGGUACCUGGGCGAGCAAUGUCGCUUGAGGAUCUGAAGCCUUGUAUACGGCAAUUGCUUGUCGUAUUGGAUUUCUUGCAUUCUAUAGCUCAUGUAAUUCAUACAGAUAUUCAACUGAAAAAUUUACUCCUUCCUACACCGAUGCCAAAGGCGCUUUCCGACUUCGAAGAACGGGAAGUGAAGACACAAUCAGCAAGGAAGGUCCUUCAAGACCGGACAAUUUACACAUCAUCGCGUUUCCCUCCUGGAGACGGAUUGCCUCUCCUGAGUGAUUUUGGCGAAGCUCGAUUUGGCGACCAGCAACAUAGUGAAGAUAUCAUGCCAAACCACUACAGAGCACCUGAAGUUAUUCUCAGGUCGAGCUGGGACUACAGGGUAGAUAUCUGGAAUGCUGGCAUGGUUGCAUGGGAUAUCGUUAACCCCUUUACUCUUGUUGAUGGAAGGAACCCAGAUGGGGUAUUUGAUGACCGCUUCCAUCUUGCAGAAUUGGUUGCACUUUUAGGCUCUCCACCACCUGAGUUCCGUCAACGAAGUCACCUUAGUUCUGUAUUUUGGGACAACGCAGGUGACUGGAAGGGAUUGACCCCGAUACCUGACAAGACACUUGAAGGUUUGGCCGUCAACAUCAAGGGCGAGGACAAGGAAGGCUUUUUACGAUGGCUCCGACGGGCCUUGCAGUGGAAUCCCGAUGACCGACCAACCGCUCUGGAACUCCUCUAUGAUGAAUGGAUGAUGAAGGGACUGAAACUGGGAAAUAAGACUGAGAGUUGA